AUCUACAACGACGAACAUGUUACAGAGAAUAGCUAAUAGCAGACUAGGUAUGAUAUCAAGACAACUGUCUACUAGUAGAACUUCAUCUAUUUCCACAAAAUCACUCGUUAAUGAGAGCGUAAAAGAUUCACCUAUAACGUUCACAGAACGUGUAGGAUUGAAGACAUUCUCUCUUAACCGUCCAAAAGCCCUGAAUGCCCUCAAUCAGGAAAUGAUGAUCCUUAUCAAGAAUAGGAUAAAGGAAUGGGAUUCUAAUCCGUCUACUGGUGUCAUCUUAUCCUCAGGAGUUGGUAAAGCCUACUGUGCAGGUGGAGACGUAAAAUCUAUCGCACUCAAUCCAAAUAAGGAUGAUGCAUUAAAUAUACUCAAGGAUGAAUUCGAAUUAGAUCAUCAGCUAGCCGUUCUCACAAAGCCAUACGUCGCAUUAAUGGAUGGAUAUACAAUGGGUGGUGGCGCUGGUAUAUCCCUCCCUGCUCCUAUUAGAGUGUCAACAGACAACACAGUCUUUGCUUUCCCUGAAACUAGACUGGGGUACGCACCCGACGUAGGAGCGUCUUACUAUCUCUCUCGUCUGGAUGGUCAGCUCGGAGCUUACCUCUCCUUAACCGGUAAUAAUGUCUCAGGUAGUGAUUUAUAUCAUCUUGGUUUAUCUACACACCAUGUAUCACCUUCUCUAUUCCCAGCUUUGGUCGGCAGAUUGAGCGACUUGUCUUCUUCACCAGUAACCGGUUCUGACGUCAACAGCGUCAUAGAUGAAUUCACAACUCAGCCAUUACCUAAACUUAGUGAGACCUUGAUGGGUGCUCACAGACAAGCUAUCGACGAUGCCUUUGGCCAAUCAUCAGUCGAGGAAAUUAUACAGGUUUUGGAGAAUUUCAAAGAAAAUAGACCAGAAGUUGGUAAAUGGGCAGCAGAAACUUUGGAAACGUUAUAUGAUCGUCCACCAACCUCUCUAAAAGUUGCUCUCGAGGCUGUUAGAAGAGGUGUGAAGAUGCACAAUGUCGCUCAAGCUUUGCAACAAGAGUUGACAUUCGCUAAUCAGUUCAUCUAUAACAGUGAUGAUUUCCGUGCUGGUGUAACUGCUGUAUUGGUCAAUAAAACUACAGAGGUACCACAAUGGCAACCAAAUAAUCUCAAGGAUAUUCGCAAGAAUGAUGUGAUCGGAUCAUACUUCACAACAACUGAGAACACAUCUGAUAAAUUAGAAAUUAGAAAUGAAAAGAAACCACUUUAUGACUUUUUCCACUUUGCCUUACCAACUGAAAGGGAAAUUGAAGAUUAUAUUAGAGGAUCACAUCCAGCAUCUGGCAACAAUGCUGUUAGACGAAAUGAAGCAUUGACAUUCUUUAAAACACAAGAUAAUGCCAAGUACGGCGUAACUGAAAAGGUUAAUGAGGUCAUAGAUAGAUGCACAAUUGAAGAAAAAGGUGGUUACUUGAAAUGGAGAUAAAUAAAAAGAUAAUAUAAUAAA